CUUCAUCUUCAUCACAAUUAUACAUUUCAUAACAUCAAACACUUAAUUUUUCUCUUAAAAUAAACACAAAUGGCAGCUGCUACAAUGGCUCUUUCCUCCCCUUCUUUUGCUGGACAGGCAGUCAAACUUUCACCUUCUUCCUCAGAAAUUUCUGGAAAUGGAAGGAUCACUAUGAGAAAGACUGUUGCCAAGUCUGCCCCAUCUAGCAGCCCAUGGUAUGGCCCUGACCGUGUUAAGUACUUGGGCCCAUUCUCUGGUGAGUCCCCAAGCUACUUGACUGGUGAAUUCCCUGGUGACUAUGGAUGGGAUACCGCUGGACUUUCAGCUGAUCCAGAAACUUUUGCCAAGAACCGUGAACUCGAGGUGAUCCACUGCAGAUGGGCUAUGCUUGGUGCUCUUGGGUGUGUCUUCCCUGAGCUCUUGGCACGUAACGGUGUCAAGUUCGGUGAGGCUGUGUGGUUCAAGGCUGGAUCCCAGAUCUUCAGUGAAGGUGGACUUGACUACUUGGGCAACCCAAGCUUGGUCCAUGCACAAAGCAUCUUGGCCAUCUGGGCUUGCCAAGUUGUGUUGAUGGGAGCUGUUGAGGGAUACCGUAUUGCUGGUGGACCUCUUGGUGAGGUUGUCGACCCACUCUACCCUGGUGGCAGCUUCGAUCCAUUAGGCCUUGCUGAAGACCCGGAGGCAUUUGCUGAGCUUAAGGUUAAGGAGAUCAAGAACGGUAGACUUGCUAUGUUCUCUAUGUUUGGAUUCUUUGUUCAAGCUAUUGUCACCGGAAAGGGUCCAUUGGAGAACCUUGCUGACCACCUUGCAGACCCAGUAAACAACAAUGCCUGGGCUUUCGCCACAAACUUUGUCCCCGGAAAAUGAAUCUCUUAAAACGUUCUCAAGUCUCUUGUCGUUUGAUGACUGUGUAAAGAUGUAGUGUGCUACCUGACAAUAUAAUGAAAUUUUGUUUGUGUUUGAA